AUGCCAAACAUCCAGAACUUGGUUUCUAUAUACGAUUUCUCAUUAAAAAGAACCAAGACUCCCUGGAUAAACAGCUCUUUCCAGAGAAGGAUUAAAUGCCACCGAGGGGAUCCCGUGGGGUGUCUCCCGGCGCGGACUAGGGUGACAGACCCGGCUCUCCGCUCCCUUCGGCGCCAGGUGGGGGCCACGCGGUGUCAGCCACGGGCAGCGUGCAGGGGCCGUCCCCCGCGCGACCGGAGCCCGCCCUCCCCUCCCCGUUACCUGCGGGCGGCGGCGCCGGGCCCGGAGGCCUGCUGCUCCUCCUCCUUCUCCCGCCAGGCUGGGGCGGCGAGGCGGCGGCGGCGGCGGCCCGGGGGGAGGGGGCGGAGCGCGCGGCUCGCUGCCUCUCUCCUCCCCCGGGAGGCUCAGGGGCCCCUAUCUCGGGCCGCCGCGCCUAGGCCCGUGAGCAGCCUGUGGCUGGGGCAUGGCGGCACAGCCCACCGGCGUGCCCGCGAGACAGCUGUGCUCCUGAUUCUCAGGCCUCGGGACCCAGACCAGGAUUUCCAUCAGCUCCCCUGGCUUGCAGGCCUUCUGACUUCUGACUCACCAUCAGCUCUCCUGGAUCCAGCUUGCCAAUGGCAGAUCGUGGGACUCCUUGGCCUCUAAUCGCAUGAAACAAUGCCCACGAGAGAAAAUAAAAGCAGUCAGAGGAGAGUGGAGAAUUUCCCCUAUUCCCCAGCAUGUGGAGCCACGGACUCUGCCUUCUCCCAGUCAAGAUG